UUAUUUUGUGUAAAUUUAUUUUUUAUUUUUAUUAUAAGUUAAAAUAUUUUAUUAUUUAUAUUAUGUAUUUAAACGGUAAUUCUACUGUUAUUGACGAUAUAAAUCGUUAUGACGGGAAAAGUGACAGGAAGAAAUACAAUGGACACAAGAAUUCGACAAAUGAAUCUCAAUUGGAGUCAACUCGGCGAUCUCACAGACGUAAACUUUCAUCUAAAAGUAGGUCCUCGUCGAAAACAAAAGCUUCUUCGAGUAAUAAUGAAGACUUUAAUGAUAAUAGCAAUUCUUCGAUGGCAAAUAAACUUAGACGUCAUAAAAAAACUAAACCAAGUGCCAAUGAAACUGACGGUUUAAUUGUUAAAAGUGAAUCAAUUCCUGAAAGAGGUUUGAUGGAGGCGUUAAGUGAAAAAGAAGCUUUAUUAGCAAAAUAUAAAGCGAAAUACAGUAAAUUAGAAAAAAAUUAUCAAGAAGUUACCUUGAAAAAUUCAAAUCUGCAAUCGCUGAUAGAAAAGCGCGAAGCUGAGUACGAUGAAUUGCAUACGCAUUAUGAAGAAUUGAUAAAACAUGUUCAAUCAUUGGAUCAAGAGCGGAUCAAUAAUCAACUGGGAAAUAAAAAAGUAGUGGCUGAAAAUACGCAACUGCAUGAAGAUGUAAGUUUGCUGAAAAUUUUGAUUUAUCGACUGAACGUUGAGCUGCAGAGAUAUCAGGACAAAUUGAGAUUAUUGAAUGUAAAACCUGAUGAAGAAAAGACUGAGAGUACGGAUCCGACUACGGAGAGCAAAAGAGUGUCUGAGGCUUGGGGUCAUGUCAAUAAUCACGCUCUGGCUCCACUGCUAGAAGCUUAUCAGGAACAUCUUGAGGAGAAAGACGAUCUUAUUCGGCAUUUCAGGAAUGAGAUGGAUGAUUUUGGAGGUAAAUUCAAAGAAAUUGUUGCAGAGAAUGAAGAGUUGCGUAAAGGUUUAGAUCAUUAUAAAUUACAGACGGAAAAAUUGAUAGAAGAAUUAAAAACAGUUUCUGGAGAUAUAACUCUAGUUAAAGAAGAAAAUGAUAUUUUUAGGAAACAAGUUUCUUUGCAUAAACAGAAGCUUCUAGAGAUUCAUUCGAUUUAUGAGAAGAAAGUAGAUUCAAUGUCGCAGGAUAAUAAUAAAUUACACAGUGAUUAUGUUAGCUGUAAAACUGAAUUAAGCAACCUUCAAGGUAAAUAUGAAAUACUGUCUGAAGGAUACGAAAAACUAAAGAAAAAUUCGGAAAAAACUAUGCCUGUAUCCGUUCACUCGGACGCGAUAGACGAAUGCAAGAGAUUGUUUGAAGAAUUGAAAACUCAAUACGAUACAGAAAAACGUAAAUUAUUGAAUCAAUUGAAAAAAUUUGAAGAGUUAAAUCCAGAAAAUGAAAAAUUGAUUGCUACUUUAACUGCCGAGCGAGAUCAUCUAAGAUAUUUGACCAAGAAUCUUGAGAAAAGUCUCAAGCGGACACAGAGUAAGUUGGAGUCAUUGCAAAAUGCCUUGUGCUCUAUUCAAGUAUCUAGAGAUUCCUUCAAGAGGCAAUUAUCGAAAACGACGGCUUAUUGUGAAGAAUUAGUUACCGCUCAAGAAAAAUUGCAGGCGGAAAAAGACGAACUUUUGGCUCUUUUGUGUACAAAAGAAAAAGAAAGCGAAAACAUUCAAUAUCUUGGGAAUAAUAUUACGCAGCGGAUGGGAGCUUUAAAAGAUCAAUUGAAGAUUGUUCAAAAGGGAGCUAAAGAGCAACUGGAUACUGUUGAAAAAAAUAUGAAAAUACAAGAGCAGGGUGUGGGUCAGAUGAAAUCAGAUUAUCAUAAAGAAUUGCAGCGUUUGAAAUCGCUCAUUAAGCAGAAAGAAGAUGUGAUUGGUAAAUUACAGAGGGAAAAAUACGCGGCGCAAGACCACUUGGAACUGGUUUGGAAAGCGGCUACUAAUGACGAUAAGAAGGUUAAGGAUGUGUUGAAAAACUCAAAGAUUUAUGUUUGAGAUAAAUAGACGCUGUGAGAGGUCGUUAAGAUGUUCUACUAACUGAAAAAAGCAAUUAAUUGUCUUCUCAAUUACUACUGAGUAUGGUGGAUUGAAAAUCCAAAAGAUUGACUGUUAUUAGAUUUAUUUAUUCAGUGUUAUUGUCUAGUCGCAACUGUUGCUAGUAUUAGAAUAAUAUUGAUAUUGAUAAACUAUAUAUAAAUUAGCA